CGAAUUCCCCAGAGCUCGGCCGAGGUGCAAGUCUGCUCACAUCUCCCCGCCUUUUCUUUCCAAUUGCAAUUCAGACUCGCUCUGUAUCGCUAGCUGUACAUCACACGUAUUCCUACAGAAAACUUCACAAUGAGCGGCCCCGGUGUUGGAUUCGAGUACCCCCGGCAGCCCGUUUCCUGGGUUAAGCGCGAUGUGCUGCUCUUUGCGAACACCAUUGGUGCCACCGACGACGAGCUUCACUUCCUCUAUGAGCUUCACCCCAACUUCGCCGUCUUCCCUACCUACCCUCUGAUUCUCACAUUCAAGGGCGACACCCAGGAGGUUGUCGACUUCUACGCCGCUCAGAAGGCCGUCCAGAUCCCUAACGUUCCUUCGUUCGAUGCCCGCCGCGUCGUCGAUGGCCAGCGCAAGAUUGUGCUUCACAAGACCAUUCCCCCCACUUCGGCCGGCAAGAAGUUCGAAGUCCGAACCAAGGUUCUCGGUGUUUACGACAAGGGCCGUCCCGGCUCCGUCGUCGAGACCCAGACCGACCUGGUAGAGCUUCCCAGCAACGAGGUCUACGCCAGCGUCAUCACCAGCAGCUUCUACAUCGCCCAGGGCAACUGGGGCGGCCCCAAGGGUCCCGCGACCGAGAACUUCCCUCCCCCGAAGGACAAGAAGCCCGAUGCCACCUUCUCCCAGGCUACGAACAAGGAGUCAGCGCUCCUCUACCGCCUCAAUGGAGAUUACAACCCCCUGCACGCGACCCCCGAGCCCGGCAAGAAGAUGGGCUUCCCCGGAGCUAUCAUGCACGGACUGUACUCCUGGAACUCGACCGCCCACGGUCUGCUGAAGGCCCUCGGUGGCAGUGACCCUGCCAACAUCAAGGAGUACCAGGCGCGCUUCGCCAGCCCCGUCAUGCCUGGCGACAAGCUGGUGACAGACGCCUGGAGGACAGGCGAUGUCAAGGAUGGAUGGGAAGAAGUUCGCUUCCAGACCAAGGUCGAGGGCGGAAAGAUCGUUCUGAGCAACGGUCGCGCGCUGUUGAAGGUUGUGGAGUCCCCCAAGUCGAAGUUGUAAAAUAAAGGAUUUUGGAUGAAAUUUUGGAACAUUACAGUUCAGAUUUAAGCACAGCAUUCUAUAACGUCAUAAAAUUACUUUCAAA